AAAUCCCUACGUUUUAUACUUUUUAUAAGUAAAAUACGUUUUUUUCAUAUUUUGGAUGUUUCUCUAAAAAUAAAGUUUUUACUUCUGAGGUUAUAAAUAUUGUACAAAAGUUUUACAAUAGCCAAACAACAACACUUAAUUCUUUUUGUACUGUGAACUUAAGUUGCAAGCUAAUUAGACAGCAAACUUUUGUCUAUAUGAUCGGUAUUCAUCUGACAUUUGGUACAAUUUUCUUCAAAAACAAAUUAGCGUACUUAUGUUAAUUGAUAGCAAAUAUAACAUUCUAAUUUCUAAGAUAUUUCCCAAAUUGUUCUUAAUAUAUGUUAGCUUUUAAGAUUUUUGUGAUGUAUUUAAAAAAUCUGGUUCGUUUUAUUAAAUAUGAUAUCUUCACAAAUUAAUAAUGUCGAAACAAUUGAAUUAAUUGACGAUAUAAAAGAUCAAAUCUUAUAUUUGGAAAUUUCGCCUUACAAAGCAUUUGUACAAUACGAAAGAAAGGACAAUUUUAUUGGAUUAAUUCAUGCUGAAGUUCCAUUAAAAUUGAGAGGCCAAGGAUAUGGCACACUGUUAGCAAAGAAAACUUUUGAAUAUGUCGCUAAAAAUAAUCUGAAGAUGGAAGUACAUUGUGAAUUUUUAAAAAGUUAUUUAGAGAAACAUGGUCAACAUUAUAAAAAAUAUCUAGUUUAAUUGAGAAUUUUAUAAAAAAAAAAUAUUCGUAAUUGUCAAAAUAUAAAUAAAAUAAUGGAUGAAGAAGAUUAUGUGAGUCUUAUUUUAUAUUAUGGACGCAAAAAAUUUUAUCACUCAAUGCAAAAAGCAUCUUUAGAUGGUUUAGCAAAACAUUCGAGGAAUUCUUCUUUUCGCCUUUUUAAUGGCUUUGCCUUAGUACUAGGAAAUCGAGUACAGGAAGGUAUAAGAGAACUUAAUCCCUUAAAGAAUGAUAUAGAUUUUGCAAUGGCAUCAGUUUUGGCGUUAAUUUAUGGACACAAACGUUGUAAUGUCAUUGAUAAAGAAGCUGUUAUUAGCCUCGAUGCAAAGUUGAAAGAAGAACGUAAGAAGUUGACAGAGAAUUCUGCAUAUAAUGCCGCAUUAUUUUUAUUUUUAAGUGGCAAAAUUGAAAAAUCAAGGGAAUACUGUGAAAAAUCAUUACGUCUUAAUGCAGAUUUCUAUCAAUCUUCUAUUUUGAAAGCUUGGUGCGAAUUGUACUUAAACCCUAGAGCAAGUAAAACUAUUUUAGACGUAUUUGAAAAAGCUCUAGAAAAGGGUAAAAAUAUUGAUGCUUCUUUAGGACAAGUUUAUUACUAUCAGAUAUGUGGAGAUUUUGAAAAUGCAAUUGCUGUUUUGAACAAACUUUCGAUAAGAUUUCCAGAGCUUAAUAUUCCGUUGACAGAAAAAAUGGAAACUCAACUAGCUAGUUGGAAUUGGGACCAUAGUUUUGAAACUGCAAAUCGAAUAAUAAAUUUAGAACCUACAAACAUAUCUGCAUUAAGAAUUAAGGCUCUUUUACUAAUAUGCCGUGAAGGAAAUAUUAAAACUGGUUUACAGGUAUUACAACAGCUAUUUUCGGCAAUAGAACGUGUGGAAUUGAAUAACUUAAAACUAAUUUUGAGUGUUUGUCAAUUAUUUUCGCGAGUCAGUGGGAGAAACUCGGAAAUUCUUUCAUUGACCAUAAAAUAUGUCGAUAAAAUUGUCCAGGCAUCUCCGGGAAAUGCGGAAUUUAUAACAGAACAAGGUUAUGAAUAUAUUUUACUUGGGAAUUACAAGGAUGCUGUAAAAUAUUUUCGUUCAGCUACUAAGGUUGAUGAUAGCUCAAUUUAUGCGCUUUGUGGUUUAACAUUGUGCCAAUUCGCAGAAAGCGGUACCACAGAACAAGUUCGACAGCAAAUUGAGUUCUUAACAGAAAUUCAAGGAAUUGAUAAAAUCCCUUUACUUUUAUAUAUGACCGCAAAAAUUGCCGAUAAUGCUGAUAAAUCAAUAAACUAUUUGAUUGAAGCUUGCGAAAUACAUUUUAAAAAUUUGAAAACCAUAUCGUUUGGUCCCGAGUAUCUGCAACGCUUUGACCCUGAUUUUCUUUUAUUGGUAGUGGAUGAAAUGUUGCAACAUUCCCCAGUCCAGCAGCAACUAAAAAUUGGUGUUACUAUUUCCAAAGAAUCUCUACAUAUUUCAUUAAAACAUUGUUUGAAUAUUUUGGAAACUGUUGUUAAAGCUUGCCCCGGUUUAGUAAAAGCAACAUUUCUUCUGGCUAAAGUGCAAUUCUUAUGCGGUGAAAAUUCGUUUGCAUCAAAUACUUUAUCAAAAAUUUUAAAUGAAAUUGAUCCAACCUACGUGAAUGCACAUUUAUUAAUAGCCCAGAUUCAUAUUCAACAAGGACAAUUUAUGAAAGGAUUGCAAAACUUAGAAAUUUGUUUAUCCCACAACUUUAAAGUACGUGAAAACCCUUUUUACCAUUUACUACACGGGAUAGUUGAAAAGUCUCAACUGCAGUACGAAGAUGCACAAAAAAGUUUCUUAACCGCUAUGAACUUGAUCGGAGUUAAAAGUGUCACUACAUCGAACCUCAAAGUAUCAACUCCUGUUAAGGGAACGGGAAAAACCGCGGAAAAACCAACUUUAACUUUGGCUGACAAAGUUACUUUAUUUUUAGAGUUAAUUGAUACGUACGCCCAAUUAGGUCAAAAUUUGGAAAGUGAGAAAUUAAUGCAAUGUGCGUUCGAAGAAUUUUCGAAUACCCCAGAAGAAGGACGAUUAGCAAUAGCAAAUGCAGAUAUUGUUUUACAAAAGGGUAAUGUUAAUAAAGCAAUAGAAUUGUUAAAAUCUAUCCAACCAGGACAAUUAUACUACCUGCAAGCUAAAAACAGUUUGGCUAAUUUAUAUCUUCACCACAAGAAGGACAGAAUUGCAUUCGCCCAAUGUUUUAAAGAACUUGUGGAAUAUUAUCCUGAGCCAGAGAGUUAUUUAAUGCUUGGUGAUGCUUACAUGUCUAUACAAGAGCCGGAAUCUGCUAUUAAUGCUUAUAAACAAGCUAUUAGUAAAAAUCCAAGUGAUUCACUACUGGCUAGUAAAUUAGGAAAAGCAUAUGUCAAAACGCAUCAAUAUGCUAGAGCUAUAAAUUAUUACCGUGAGGCCGUUAUGAAUCCGGAUCAUUCUAUUUUAAAACUAGAUUUAGCUGAACUAUAUUUGAAGUUGAAACAAUUUGCAAAUGCUGAAAAGACUCUAGUAGAAGAUUUGGAUUUGGAAAAAAUAGAUGAAAAUGAUAUAAGCGUUUUGCAAAUGCGUACAAAACAAUUGCUACUGUUAGCUAGAAUUCGCGAAAAGGCAGGAAAUUUAAGUGCGUCGUUGAUGACAUUAAAAGAAGCACGCGAUAAUCAGUACCGAGUGCAAAAGCGGACUAGCAUUGAACAAUCUGGGAAUUUGAAUGAACAACAUGAAAUUUUGUCUAAAAUUUGUGUUUUAAUGGCGGAACAAUCUAUAAGUUUAAGAGAAAAUGAGCAGGCAUGCAAAUAUUAUAUGGAAGCUUUAAAAUAUACUCCUUCUGAUAUUGUGGUACUGGCAUCCCUUGCUCGUCUUUAUAUGCAAAUAAAUCAGCUUGAACAAUGCAAAGAAAUGUGUUCACAUAUUUUACAAAUUGAUGCCAAUAAUGAAGCUGCCUCAGUAAUGAUGGCUGAUUUGUCUUUUAGAAAGAUGGAUUUCGAAAGCGCUGCCUAUCAUUUCUCCCAACUUUUAAUAGCUCAACCAAAUUAUUGGACAGCACUUGCCCGUCUUGUUGAAGUCAUGCGUCGCUCAGGAACUUUGCAUGAAGCAUCUGCAUUUUUAUCCCGGGCAGAACAAUCUUGUCCGAAUCCACUUGAUAACGCUGGAUUAAAUUAUUGUAAAGGUCUUUUUGAAUGGUACAGCUCCAAUCCAAACAGUGCCUUGAAAUUCUUUAAUUAUGCUCGUCGGGAUGAAGAGUGGGGCCAACAAGCAAUAUUCAACAUGAUAGAAAUUUGUUUAAAUCCCGACGGAGAUUUACCAAAUACUAACGAUGAUAUAGAAGAUAUGGAUUUUAAAGACUCGCGUAUAAUGGCCUUACGAACAGCUGAACGUUUGCUUAAAGAGUUAAAACCCCGACCAGGGGGAAUGGAUAACGAAGCUGUUAAUCAUCGUCUUUUGACGAAUUUCCUACUUUUGGCGUCUAAACAAAAAUUUGAAAUUGAGAAGGCGCUUCAAGAUUUAACUGAAAUUGCUUCACAAGAAGAAUACAGAGAAUUAGUUGGUCCUGUUUAUGGUAUAUCUUGCGCAUUUAUAUAUAUGAAACAAACGCAAAGAGCGAAAAAUCAGUUGAAACGAAUUGCUAAAAACACAUGGAAUUUCGAAGAGGCAGAAUAUUUGGAACGAUGUUGGUUAAUAUUAGCCGAUUUGUAUAUACAGGCUAAUAAGUAUGAUAUAGCGCAAGAAUUCUUGCAAAAAGUUCUUAAACAUAACAAAUCAUGUGCGAAAGCUUACGAAUUUCAAGGGUAUAUUGCAGAAAAAGAACAGUCUUACAAAAAUGCUGCAAGUGCCUAUGAUAAUGCCUGGCGUUUUGGUGGUAAAUCAAAACCUCAAAUUGGCUAUAAAUUAGCACAAAACCAUAUGAAAGUAAAAAAAUAUGCAGAUGCUGUCGAUAUUUGCCAACAAGUUUUGAAAAUACAUCCAGAUUAUCAUGCUAUUAGAAAAGACAUAAUGGAUAAAUGUCGAAAUAAUUUAAGAAACUAAAUUAAGCUUAAAACUCACAACAAAAAGAAAAACUGCACAACACACUACUAAACACUCACUUUAAAUUAUGUGUUCGCUACACAUAAUUCAAUUUUUUUUUGUGAUGAAUUCCGUCCAAUUAUAUUUAUGUAUCCUAUACAGCACAAGUUCUAACUUGAAAAAAAAAAAAACAAAAAUAAAACUUAUAUUUUAAAUUUU